AUGGCGUCCUAUCUCACCACCUACCCCAAGACGGACUCCUCUUCUUUCCUCAACUCCGAGUCCGGCUGGCUCACCCGGCCCCCAUUCACGCCCGAGACGGCCUAUCAGAAGGUUAAAACCGGGCAAGAAAUAUGGAAUGGAGAGCAUCUCCAAUCCAUAUUUACCUACAACUCCACGUGGCGGGAAGGCAACUCCCUUCUCCAGGGACGGGCCGAGAUUGUGAGGUUUCUCGCCCAAAAGUGGAAAAGGCAAAAGGAGCGCCGCAUCACCGAAGACCUUAUUGCAUUUACGGACAACCGGGUUUGUUUUCUCAAGCUGUUAUCUGAAUAG